UGACAAUCAAAUCUGUAUGGGUAAAGGCGAUGUCCUUAAAAGCAAUAAAUAGAUUAAAGUGAAAGCACUGAGGGCAAAUCCCUAAAGGACGCUAACUGAAAGAAUCGGAAUGGAGGAGGGCAAACCAACUACCUAUGAAAUGAGAAUCUCUGGAAGAGAACUGAGAAACAUCUGUUAUUUUAAAGGGGUCAAAGGCAGGGUGUGAUACAGGGAAUGGUGGAGAUGAUGUACUGGACCUGAAGUGUAGUGAGAAGGUAUCAGCAAGUGAUUAGAAAUGUACAGCCAUUUGUACUUCUAGGGACUCCAAAUUCACUGCCAUCCCAGAAGAGAAAAAUUGGUGUAACUUUGGGCAGAACUGAGCCAAAAGUUCCUGCUAUAUCAAUAGUGAACAUGAAGAUAAGAAAGCAAUUAUUUCCAUUCCAGAGCUCUUUCCAAGACCAAAAUGAUUCAGGGUUAAGAUUCCACUAUGUGGCUGCUGGAGAAAGGGGUAAACCACUCAUGCUGCUGCUUCAUGGCUUUCCAGAAUUCUGGUAUUCUUGGCGCCAUCAAUUGCGGGAAUUUAAAAGUGAAUAUCGAGUGGUGGCCCUGGAUUUGAGAGGUUAUGGAGAAACAGAUGCUCCUUCUCACAAAGAAAAUUACAAGUUAGAUUGCCUGAUAACAGAUAUAAAGGAUAUUUUGGAAUCUCUGGGAUACAACAAGUGCGUGUUGAUUGGCCACGACUGGGGAGGAAUGAUCGCUUGGUUAGUGGCUAUAUGUUACCCUGAAAUGGUGACAAAGCUGAUUGUGGUUAAUUUCCCUCAUCCUUCUGUGUUUACAGAAUACAUUCUACGACAUCCAUCACAAUUGAUUAAAUCUGCUUACUACUUCUUUUUCCAAAUGCCAUGGUUUCCUGAAUUCAUGUUUACAGUAAAUGAUUUCAAGGUUCUGAAAAGUUUAUUUACCAGCCAAGCCACUGGAAUUGGAAGGAAAGGCUGCAGAUUAACAGCAGAGGAUAUUGAAGCUUAUCUGUACGUCUUUUCACAACCCGGAGCAUUAACUGGACCCAUCAACCACUACAGAAAUAUUUUCAGCUGCCUACCUCUGCAGCACCAUGAAGUCACCAUGCCAACCCUGCUGUUAUGGGGAGAAAAAGAUGCCUUUAUGGAAGUUGAUAUGGCAGAAAUUACACGGAUUUAUGUUAAAAAUCAUUUCAGAUUAACUAUUUUGUCUGAGGCCAGUCAUUGGCUCCAGCAGGAUCAACCUGACAUAGUGAACAAGUUGAUAUGGACCUUUCUAAAGGAAGAGACAAGAAAAAGAGAAUGACUGUUUGUACAUGUUCUAAGGGGUCUACAUAAAAGUUCUUCAGAUUUAAAAAAGUAAUUGUUAUCAGGGCCAUAUUUCCAGCCUGCCUUCUAUUUUGAGCUCUGUUAGAGAAAAGUGUUUUCAAUGUACUGUACAUUUGGACACCAACGUUACUGCUAAAAGAAGAAGUGAGUAUGAGAAUAUCUGAUACCAACAUUGGUUUUACCUGUAUACUUGUAUUUUGCACAUGAAAACACCUGCCUUAAGAUAUAUGUGUUUGUACAGAAAGAAAAUCACAGAAAGUUGCUUGGUUUUGUUUUCUCCCUUGCUUUACAGUCUCAAUGUGUGGUGCCUUUUACAACUUUAUAAUGAAACAAUGGAGCGGUGCCAUACAGAGGGAAGUCAUGGGUUGUCAUUCUCAAUUUGCCUGAUUUUUUAAUGUAUUUUACCAUUAAACAGUUACUAACUCUUUUUAUUAUCUGUAUUUUAGCAUAUAGAAUGACUGAAAACUUUCUGGGCACAUUUCUAGUCUUCAAGUGAAUAAUGACACGGAUCUUGUUGUGUUGUUGGAUGCAGCUGCUUUGUGUGAUGCAUUUUUUUUUCCUUUUGGACUGACAAACGGGAACCUGUACUCUCAACAUACCUGACCAAGAGGAAUGGAAAAUUACGAUCUAAUGUGUAUCGAGUCCACCUCUGUCCAAUAAAACGCACCUGACCCUA